AUGAAGGCUGCCGUUGACAAGAUGGCUGAUCUGCAACUUCCUGCUGCUGCUCGCAACGGCGACGGUGAGAUGUUCUGCAGCAGCGUGCUUCUGAAGAGCGUGAGGCCGCUGCUGGAGAAUCUGGCGAAGCACGGAAGUGCGUCAUCCUCCCAAAGCCUCGCAGACGGCCAGCACAAGCCCAUGAAGGUGCACUUGGCGGACGCACCUGAUGUGAAGCGGCCUGGAAUCGGCCGCUUCGGAGGCAAGAAAGCUGCUGCCGUGCUUGCACCUGUGGUCGUCCCUGCUUCUCCCUUCUCACCAUCUGCUGCUGCUGCAGUCACUCCGUCUGCUGUGGUUGCGCCGGUGGUGGUGCCUGAGGUAACUCCUGCGGCUACAGUGGCUUCAACCACACCACAGGUGCCUGAAGCGAGUGUGAAAACAGAAGCAAUGUCCGAGGAGGCGAGUGCACGUGCUGCUGUUCCGAGUGAGAAAGCGAGGUGGGCGAAGCUUCGUCAGGAGGUUCAAGCUAUGGGUAUUGCGCUGACACGUGCUGCUUACCUGAGGUGGGACAAGCGGAGCAAGGAGCCAUCAUGGGCCAUGGAGAUUGAAGCGGCCAUUGAAGCCGCCCUGCGUCCCUGCUUUUUGCCCAAGCUUCCUAAUGCUGGGGCCAAUCUGACUCCCAAAACCGCCAGCAGCAGGCAUGCGAGUGGGGUGAAGAGGAGAGAGGAGGGUGGGUGUGGGGAGGGAGCAGCAGGGAGGGCAGCGGGUGGAAGGCAGGGUGGUGUGAAGGCAGCAGGUGGCAGAGCAGUGGCAAGUGGCGUGUGUGGCAGGGAGGGGGUGAAGCAGCAGGCGGGGAGGAGAGAGGGUUUGGUGCAUGAGAGGCAGGCAAGGCCAGGCUACAGCAGCAGCAGGGCGCACAGAAGGAGCUCCUGA